AAGGGCAAGCCAAGUGCCUCCGAGUCGGGAAUUGAGAGGCAAGAUGGCUUCACUCAUGGCCACAGAAGCUCUCCUUGGAAACCCAAACCCUAACUAUAGUUUUCCUCCUCGGCCGAAACUAGCAUACCGUCCAACCACCCUAAGUUUCUCUCCUCAUCGUUCCCCGAAACCGAUCGGUUCAACACUCCAGAGAAUUAAACCCUAUAAUCUGCUCAGGGUUUAUGCCUCUUCCUCUGCUCUUGUAACUACUACCGAGCCAUCAACAGAAUCAAAACCUACUUCGACUCUUCUAUCCGAUUCAACACGCACAGUCACGACCGUUGUUGCAGUCGCUUUCUCUUUAUCGAAAUUAUUUACUGAUAUGAUUAAGGGGAUUUCAUUCAAAAUUAAGAGAAUCUGCAGGAGUCCCACACCGGAAGAGCUGGCGACGAUUCAAAGCCUUCAAGGAAAUCUGGUUUGUACGGUGGGACCGUUGUUCUUUGCCGCUCUCCGUGACCGUCCGAGUGGUUAUUUGAACACUCCGUUGACAGUAGUUGCCGCAGGCAUGGCGAAAUGGCUCGAUAUCUAUAGUGGAGUAUUGAUGGUGAGGGUGUUGCUUAGUUGGUUCCCUAACAUUCCAUGGGAUCGCCAGCCUUUAUCUGCAAUUCGAGAUUUGUGUGAUCCUUACUUGAAUCUCUUCCGCAAUAUCAUUCCGCCGGUAUUUGACACCUUAGAUGUCAGUCCGCUUCUAGCUUUUGCCGUUUUGGGAACACUUGGUUCAAUAUUGAACAACAGCCGGGGAUCGUAUUGAGGCUUUCUGUUGAGGACCAAUUAUUCCUUUUUACUAUUCGGUCAUAAGAUCAUAUUCAGUUCUUGGUAGAUGGAAAAAGCUUCGCAGUUAGAGUAGCUUCUAAUUGAGCGAUAUAGUCCGAGUAAGGAAUGAUAUUUUUCCCCUUCUCUGUUUCAGUGGGGUAUUUUUUUAAUGCUUCUGUAAUUGUUCGUCUAAUAAAUUAUAUAACAUCUAGAAAUGUUUGGAUGUAAUCUUCUUGGCAUCAAUAAGUAUCUGAUUUCUA